GUAUAAGGUCACUGUUCAGUUAAGACAGAGCAAACAAAAAGCAAUUGGCAGAAGGGAGGCAAACAGUGGCGUACCAGCAAGAGGAGGACAUCGGUCGUGGAAUGGAAGUGAGCCAAGAAGAGGCAUGCAGCAGUUCUGGAAACCUAGUCAUCUGGCUACAGUUACCAACACCAUUCCGGAAAGGAAAACGGAAAAUAAAGAUCACUACCUCUUCAAAUGCUACAGGUCUUCAGCUGUGCAAGGAAAUCUCAAAGCAGUUAUCAAAUAUUGAAGUUGAAACUAUGACCUUAAUAUGUGGUGGGACAAUCCUGGAUAUGGCCAAGACCCUGACUGAACAAGGUAUGAAGAACAAUACAAAUGUUAUGCUCAGAGUGAUAAAUGAAGUUAAAAGACAGCAGUCAAACAUUACAUCCAAAAUUAGAAAAGGAGCAGAAUUAUUGGCAAAACAAGAUGAAGAUUUUCAAAAGCCCUAUUUAAAAAUAGUAAACCACAAAGGGGAAAUUAUUAAGGUUCCUGAAGAGAAACGAGUGAUUAUUCUGAUAGCUUUGAUCCUGCAUGAGGUAGGCAGAUCUAAUAUGAAGAAAGAGAACUAUGAAGAAGCACUCGAGUUUUUAAAUCUGGCAGAAAAUGAAUUCGGACAUUGUGAUGAAGUGCAACUCAGCAGCAUUGACAACUAUGGAGUGCUGCAUCUGGAUGUAAUGUGGUGUAAUUUUAAGCUGCAAAAAAUUGAGUGCCUCAGAGAUGCGGAAAGUAGGUUAAAAGAUGCUCAGCGAUACUUCAAAAAUUGUUUUGGAGUAAAUCUAGAACGGCUUGAACAACUUGAGGACAACAGUGGGAGAGAUAAGAUACUGCACCUCCGGCUCUACAUUCUUUUAGGGGUACAGUUUUAUCACAAACAGAUGGAGAAAGAUGCUCUGAGGGACCUGACUAAGGCAUUAAAACUAUUGGAUGAGUUGAGAUUGAAUGAUUUCGACGUGGUUUGCCUUGCAAGUGAAGGAUUCACUGUUCGGGAAGCACGAUUUGGCUUGCGAGGCACUGGAGGCGACUUUGAGAAGGCUAAGUUACAUAUUGAAAAAAAGAGAGAGAGAGCCCAGCAACAAAGGAGAGAAGCAGAAGAAAGAAGGGAGCAACCCACCAGAGGGGCUGAACUGAACAACACACUACAAGUUGUCUCUGGUCAGGCAAACCAGGUUUCACCUCCAAAUUCAAAUCCCUUGUCAUCUGUUGAUACAGUAACACAAUCGAGCCCAUCAGUCACAUCCUCCCCUACCUUUCCGACUACAGAUGCUGAAAGCAGCUCCGAGGAUGAUGAGAUUCUUAAAGAAAUCUUGUCAUUACUGCCUGAGGAUGAUGAUGACUAUAUCGAUACGACCUUGGAGGACGAGGAAGCCAUUAUCCACGAAUAUUUGGCCAAGAUCAAUAAAAAUGCCAAGAUGCCUGAAGAGGAGGCUCCACCUGCCCCAGAGGAGGAAAAGGUUACGAAACUGGCAGCAAAGGGUGGCAAGAAGCAGCGAAGUUCGAGGAAGGAGAAUUACUCCAUCUACAUCUACAAAGUACUGAAGCAGAUUCACCCAGACACCGGCAUCUCCUCCAUGGCCAUGAGCAUCAUGAACUCAUUCGUGAACGAUUUUUUCGAGCGCAUUGUGGAUAAGGCUUCCCACCUGGCCCGUUACAACAAGAGCAGGACCAUUAGCUCCAGGGAGAUCCAGACCGCCAUGUGCCUGCUGAUGCCCGGGGAACUGGCCAAGCACGCCGUGUCGGAAGGGACAAAGGCAGUAGCCAAGUACACCAGCUCCAAGUAAAACUCCACAGUGGACUGAAAAAACACAGAGGGUCGUAGAGUCAUUGUGGCCCAGAAGGAGGCCAUUGAGCCCAUCGAGAUUGCAAGGGAAUAUAGAUGGGUUAAGUGACUGGGAAACCAUGUGGCAGAGGAAUUAUAAUGUGGGCAAGCAUGAGCUUAUUCAUUUUGGUAAUGAGAAUAGAAAAACAGAAUAUUUUUUCAAAGGUACAGAAUUUCCAAAUGUACGUCCAGAUUUAGGCUGAAAUUUUGACAGCGUUUUGGGAACUGGUUGGCAAGCAGGAAGGCAGGCAAAAUGGCAUAGAAUGUCAUCACGAGGGCAUGCCCGCAUCUUACACCAACAUGCCAUUUUGUCAGCAGAAGGAAAGUUGGCUGAUUGGGAGCCUAAUUGAGCCACUUAAGUGGCCAGUUAAGAUCCACUUCGCACCUCCGAGGGUAUUUUGCCCAAUUUGGGGAGGCCAGUCAUGGAGACACAGCUGAGAGAAACCUGAUGAUCUCCCAGUGGGCUUCUUCAGGAACUCUCCUUUUUGGGUAUUCUGUGGCCCACAGACACCCCCAACCCCCACCCUCCCCCAGCAGUAAUGGUUAAUCCUGUGACAUGGCAUUGGCUAUGCACUGCAAAGCCAUCCCUCCAAUUAUUGGGGCCCGCCUGCUUUACUCCAGCAACUCCCAACACCACUUUACCCUCUUUGAGAACAUCUGGCCAUUGAGGUACCGUCUCCUUGCAGCUGCAGUCUCAACAAUGGCCACCAAUCCCGAUGGCGCUGCUGGGCUGCUGAGCUGCCAGGCCUCUGAUUGAGGAUUAGGGUUAGGGUUAGGGUUAGGAUUAGGAUUGAGGGGGGAGGGGGUCGGCAGGUGGCCAUGCUGUCUAGGGACAGCGACCCUGUAGCAGCCACUUAAUUGCACCCUGCUGGAAAUCUGCCUCAAUGUGGCCCUGCUGACCAAAACAUGUUCACCUCCUAACUUGGGCUCCAGCAGCGGGACUUCUGCAACUUGCACAAAAUCCAGUCCUUGGGUGUACGCAGACAAGGAACACUGAAUGUUAGCAUGCGAGUGCUGCAAGCAAUUAGGAAGGCGAGUGGCACGCUGACCUAUAUUGCAAAAGGAUUGAGUAAGAUAACAAGGAAGUCUUGCUACUGCAGUCUUAGCCUCUGUUAAAUCCACACCUGGAGCACUGUACAGUUUCAGUUCCCCAUAUCCAAAGCAGGAGGCAGUACAUUGAAGGUUCGCUAGAUUGGUCCCUGGGAUGAGAGGGUUCUCCUAUCAUGAGAGACUGAGUAAAUUGGGCUGAUAGUCUCUUAAUUUUAGGAGAAUGAGAGAUGACUUCAACGAGAACUAGAAUCACAGAAUUGUUAUGGUGCAGAAGAAGAUCAUUCUGCCCAUCGUGUCAACACCGGCUCUCUGAAUGAGCAUUAUGAUUUAGUGCCAUUCUCCCAGUAACUCUGCAUUUUAUUUCUAUCCAAAUGAUUCCACCUUGAAUGCCUCAAUUGAACCUUCCUCCAGCACACUUCCAGGCAGUGCAUUCCAAACUCC